AUGGGGUUCUUUACUGCGCCAAAACUUCUGGACUUUAGGAACUCUCCGCCACACCUUCAGUUCAACAGGUACGUUUUGACCGGAUAUCGUCCCGCGUCCACCAGCACAGGAUGCCUGAGAAGUCUCUUUUACCUUCACAAUGAAUCAGGAAACAUCUACACGCACGGUGUCCCAUUGGUUUGCUUUCUCUUCCUACUGCCUCUAAGCAUUCCCUGGUCCGAAGUGGAGGAGAAGUGGCUUUGUGUCGUGCAUUACCUAGCUUGCCUGUCUCCCACUGUUGGGUCUGUUCUCUAUCACAUCUUUAUGAAUCAUGAGGGCGGAGCUGGAGUCUAUGACACCCUGCUCUGCUUCGAUAUGUUCGGCGUCUGUCUCGUCAACACUCUGGGUGCUUUGCCAAUCGUGCACAUCACGCUCCUGUGCCAGCCCUGGGCACGCUGCAUUGCCAUGUUCGGCUAUGUGCUCUUCUCGUGCCGCUGUGUCCGUGAUGCCCUAACUGCUCGGAGUGGUGCUCGACGUCUGCGAUCGUUUGCCCUCCAAGCCUUAUUCAGGGCUUUCCUCUUUUUCCUGCGCUGGUUCAAGCUUGGCACAGGAAACCCCAAGUCGCUCCAUCUUUAUGUCAUCAUGGACGUCCUCGCACUGACGGGCGGCCUGGUCAAUGUCUGCCGUGUACCUGAGCGUUUCAGCCCUGGCACUUUUGACUACUGGUUCAACAGUCACCAGAUCAUGCAUGUAGCUGUCAUUCUGGCCAUAAUGUUCCUGCACUGGGGCACUAUGGAGGACUUGGCAUGGCUGAAAGACUACCAGUGCCCUGCAAAAUGA